UUCAUAAAUAAUUAGGAGUGUUAAAACGUGAUGUGAACUUAUAGUUCAAAUAAUUUUUGUAGAUAAUUAGAGUAAAUCUAUAAUUCUGUAGAAAAUAAUAAUAAACGUGUGAAAUAUGUUUUCGGUGGCACGACCAUAGCAAUCUAACUGGGAAAACAAAUUUCAGACACAAAUCUGAUGAAAGUUUGCCGCUAAACAAAUUCCAGAUUACCUCCAAAAUUUUGUUGUUGACUCUGAAAAAACUCAAAAAUCACACACAGAGCGCGAGAAACUUUGAUUUCACCUCUAAAAAUUGCUCAGGAAUGGCGCUUUUGCUCAGCCUUUUUCUUCCCCCUUCUCACCUUCACUUCUUCCUCCCACCAAAUCUCGAUCCUUCUCUCUCUCUCUCUCUCUCUCUCUCUCUCUCUCUCGCAAUCUCUUCAAUCCCUAAGACAUGACGCAGCAAGAGAUCUGCGUGAGGGUAAAGAGAGCGGCGGCGAAGAGAAAGGCUAUGGCCACGGAGGAGGAACGUGUCACCAGGAAGAGAGUGGUUCUUGGCGAGCUUCUGAAUCUCUCCAACGUCACGAAUCUCAAUCAGAAGAGAGAGAUCGUUAAACCCACCAAGAGUCUUGGAGCGAAGCAGAGAAAGGCUGCUCCUGUGGCUUUGGCUGCCGUGGAGUUUCGAUCUGACAUUGAUGCUCGAUCUGAUGAUCCUAAGAUGUGUGGACCUUAUGUCUCCGACAUCUACGACUAUCUCCGUGAGAUGGAGGUGAAGCCAAAGAACAGACCUUUACCUGAUUACAUCGAAAAGGUUCAGAAAGAUGUGACACCAACCAUGAGAGGUGUUUUGGUUGAUUGGUUAGUUGAAGUUGCUGAAGAGUACAAGCUCUUGCCUGAAACACUCUAUCUCACUGUCUCUUACAUAGAUCGCUUCUUGUCCUUAAAGACUGUCAACAAACAGAGGCUUCAACUUGUUGGAGUAUCUGCAAUGCUUAUUGCCUCGAAGUAUGAAGAGAUAAGUCCUCCCAAAGUAGAUGAUUUCUGUUACAUCACUGAUAAUACAUUCUCGAAACAAGAUGUGGUGAAGAUGGAGGCAGAUAUACUUCUUGCCCUUCAGUUUGAAAUGGGAAGGCCUACAGUCAACUCUUUCAUAAGACGGUUCACAAGGGUUGCUCAAGAAGAUUUCAAUGUGCCACACUUGCAGCUAGAGCCACUAUCUUGCUACUUAUCAGAGUUGAGUAUAUUAGAUUACAAAGCAGUGAAGUUUGUGCCAUCUAUGUUGGCUGCUUCUGCUGUCUUUCUUGCUCGGUUCAUCAUCCGUCCAAAACAACAUCCUUGGAACCAGAUGUUAGAAGAAUACACAAAGUACAAAGCAGCUGAUCUACAAGAGUGUGUUGGAAUCAUACAUGACUUGUAUCUGAGCAGAAGAGGAGGUGCUUUACAAGCUGUAAGAGAUAAAUACAAGCACCACAAGUUCCAGUGUGUUGCGACCUUGCCUGUAUCACCAGAGCUGCCAGUUACCUUUUGGGAGGAUGUGACCAUUUGAUCUUAAACUUUUCUUUUGGCUGAGGUUUUGUUAUCUCUGACAAAUGUUACCGACUUGCUGGUCAAAUAGUAUACAGAUCACUCUAUAGCUGAACCUGGUGUAGUAAGAAGAAUUCUUGAAGUGAGGCAUCAGAAAAAUAAUUUAUGUAUUGUGUAGUAUAAUUUGUCAUUCAAUUAUCGUUUUGUAUACA